CCCCUCUUCUGAAUUUUACAAAACCCUUGUUUUUCUAUGUUAAAGAUUGGAUUUUUAUUUAUUGAGAUUGUGUGUUCUUGAAAUUCUGGGGUGAAGAUGGACGUUUCUAACAAGAAGACGAAGAGGGCUUCCGUUAGUUUCGAUCAACCUCGUACAAUUGUUGAUGAUGACGCAAAAGCAAAGAUCAAAUAUCAAACCCUUUUGACUGAAUACUUGGAAUUGCAAAAGGCAUUUGUUUCGAGCAAGAGGAAAUUGCAGGCUGCAAAGCAAAAGAGGGAAACAGUUUUAUCUGAAGUUAGAUUCUUGAGGCGUAAGCGUAAGUAUUUGUCGAAAACAAGAAAUGAAGAUGCACCUGAAAAUUUCGAUCAAGCUAUCGUAUCAUGUUCAUCUUCGAAAAAUGAAGAAGCACACGAAAAUAAGCCGGUAAACGAAGAGAAGAAUAUUAGGCUUACAAAAAAGCCAAAGAAUCGGAUAAUUCACGAGAAAGGCACGGGCAAACGGAAGAUAUCUUGGCCCGAUCAAGUCACUUUGCAGGUCUAGUUCGGUGGCAUUGCAGUGAUAAAGAACUGAAAUUAUUCGAACAAUUCGUAGUAUAUAUAUACAUAUAUACUUAAUUCGUAAUUCACUUUUUUUUUUUAUUUACUUGAGAAUCACUGCAGAUAGACUAACAAAAAGUCGAAGUCUUGGAAUUUUUUCGAGACGAGAUAGAAGCAUUUUUGGCAUCAUAA